UGUUCACCGUCAGAGUUUUGUGAGGUUUCGCGAAAGGCAUUACGCUGGAGAUAGUGUUAACUAAGGGUGCGAAAUAUAUGAUUGUGAUUGAUUUGUUGUUGUAUUUAAUGUGUACUUACGUCUUAAAUAUAAAAAAGGGCAACAGAAGAAAAAUUGCCAUAACUACCUACCAUGUAACACACCAAAUUGAAAAAUAAAUAUCGACAAUGAAUGAAAUAUGGUUUAUGACAACAACAGAAUUUUUAAACAAGUUGGACUUACGAAACUACUCUUUCGAAGAAUCACUAAAUUUUGCUAUGACCAACAAUUCAAUGAAAGUUGUGCCAGUGAAGAAAGUGUGGAUACAUCCGUGGACUUUCCUAAUUGCCCUAAAGCUGACUGUCAUGAUUUUAAUUAUCCUUGCUGCCCUACUUGGAAAUCUUCUUGUAAUUGUGUCAGUCAUGCGCCAUAGAAAAUUACGUGUUAUAACCAAUUACUUUGUGGUUAGCUUAGCGUUCGCGGAUAUGUUAGUUGCAAUAUGGGCCAUGUGUUUUAGUUUUAGUGUUGAAGUUACUGGCGGAAGAUGGGUUUUUGGAUAUCUUAUGUGUGAUGUUUGGAACUCAUUAGAUGUUUAUUUCUCAACGGCGUCAAUUUUUCAUCUAUGCUGCAUAAGUGUUGACCGAUAUUAUGCAAUUGUUCAACCAUUAGAUUAUCCAUUAAUAAUGACAAAUACUAAAUUAUUAUUAAUGUUAACAAUAGUAUGGUGUAGCCCUGCUCUAUUAUCUUUUCUUCCAAUAUUUAUGGGUUGGUAUACCACCAGUGAACAUUUAGAGCUUCGCAAAAGUAAUUCGUCGAUAUGUAUAUUUGUUGUAAAUCGAACCUAUUCGAUAAUUUCGUCAAGUUUUAGUUUUUGGGUACCUGGAAUGGUAAUGAUAUUAAUGUAUUAUAGAAUAUAUGUAGAGGCCGAUAGACAAGAAAGGCUAUUAUAUAGAAGUAAAGUAGCAGCUGCUCUGCUUAAUAAACAUUUGCAAAUUAAUGGAAUAUCAGCUAGUAUAUUGGCUCACAAUACUCGUACAUCUAUUGAAGGUAACCUUAAAAGCCAAAAGAGCUACGAGGUGAUACCUACUGAGUCAGGCUCCAGCAAUAAAAUGCGUAGAGAAAGAAAGGCUGCUAGAACAUUGGGGAUCAUAGUAUCAGCUUUUUUAACUUGCUGGCUACCAUUUUUUCUUUGGUACCUUAUUUAUGCUUUAUGUGGAAAAGAAAAAUGCUACAGCCCUCCUUGGAUUAUAACAUUGGUUUUCUGGGUGGGAUAUUUCAACUCCGCAUUAAAUCCUCUCAUUUACGCAUAUUUUAAUAGAGAGUUCCGAGCUGCGUUUAAAAAAACAUUACAAAGCUGCAGUCAAAUUAUACUUAAGUUAUGUUGUUGGAGACUCAAAAAUCAAAGAGAAGCACCUUUUAAUUGCAGCAACGCGUCUAGUGACAUCCCAGGAGAUUAUAUGCCAAAGGAUUUUCCCAGAUGUAGUUUUAACAUUUCAGAAGGUGAAGUGGUAAAUAUCUGUAGUGAACCUAUGAUUUAAUUGUGACAUAUAAAACAAAAAAGAACCUAAAGUACUAUUGAGUAUUAAGUUCUAGAUUAUAUACUGCGUAUUACUAUCCUUAGGUUUUUCUUAAAGAAAUGUAUUGAUUUAUUGAAGGUAUAUAAAAAUGGAUAUUUAACAAAGUGUAGGUCAUAAUUAAACAAAUAAAUGUAAUGUACCUAAUAGUUUUUUUCCCUUCCUUUUACAUAUAUUAACUUAAAAUUCGAUCUUUUAUAUUUCCUUACUCGGCUUUUAUGGAAGCAGAUGAUCCUACGACCAAUGGCGAAGAUCGAUUUUUUAAAAAGUUGUUGGAUAACUUGGAAAAGUGAGAAAAGGACGAAAUCCUUAAUAUUUUCACCUAAUGGGGUCUAGUUUUUAGUAGUUCAUGUUAUUUAAGGGGCUUAUGUGGGUCUCAAUUUAGGUUUUUAUUGUAAAUCCUGGUAGUUUAAAUUUUUAAGAAGUCAGCUGGACGUUUUGUAAUUUAAGGUUGUCGAUGAAUAGAGUGUGUUUCUGAAGGGAAUGUUUUUUUGAGUUACAAUAUUACACCCUACGCCUGUAAAAUAAUUUUUAAUUCAAAUUUUAUGUAAAAAAGAACCUUAACACGCUAUUAUAUUGUAACGUAAUAUAUUAAUGUACAACAGAAUAAAGGCAAAAUAGUACAAAACAUGUGAUUGAUUUAGCGUAUAUAAAUUUCCAUAAUAAUAUAAUUAUGAAUUUCUAAAAAAAAAUUAAAGUACCAAGUUAGUUUUUUGGAAAAGAAAAAUUCUUUAAUAAUUUGUAACAAUAUUGCAAACUCCUUUUUUAUAAUUUUAUGAUAUUUAGAAUCAAAAAUAAGAAUAAGCUUAUAAAAAGACGUUAAGGCCAAACAUAAAUAGUGUUCGAAAUAUUGACAAAUAUAUAAUUAACUUUUGGAAAAAAGUCACACGUACUGAGAGAGAUAUGAACAUAGAUCUUUAAUGGUGCCUUUUAUUAGUAUUUAAUUCAAUUUAAGUCCAAUAAUUUUUAAAUACAAUAUUUUACUUCAGAUAUAAUAGAUUACUUAUAUAUCCAAAAAAAUAUUUAUAUUGAAUAUGAAAACCUAAUUUGAAUCAACAAUUAGUUUCCAUAGUUAAAUCUACUACCGUUAUCAAGGUAAGUAAAAUAAAAUUAAAUAUAUAGUAUUAGUUAUCUUUCUUGUAUUUGCUUAUUAUUCACUUAAACACUUAAAAAAUUCCUUUUUUUUUAAAUUGACAUCUGUUUGACUUUGAUAAAAUAUUUCAAAAAGUAACAAAGAACUACAAAGGUUACUUAUUUAGUUCAAGGAUGUCAGCCUAAUAUAAUUUAAUAAUAGAUUAUUAUUAAAUUAGAUAGAUAUGGCUCAGUUAAAUGUGUAAUGGAAUAUACAAUACAAGAAAUAUGCAUUAUUGGGCAUCCGUGCAUUUCCGUUAAUGUCUGGUUUAAACAUUAUUCAAAUAGGCUUGGAUCGAAUAUUUAUUUUAAAAAGAAUAGGUGAAAAAAGUAUAUUUAAACGAUUUUACGCAUUUUGCUAUUUGAUAAUAUAAGCACUGCAAAAUAUACAUUCAACAUAGUUGUCCCCCAUAUUUCAGAUGAAUUAAGAUACUGACCUACCUGAGAAUGAGACCAAACAUGGAUUUACAAAAACAUUAAAAUUACAUCAUUACGACGAUAGGUUAUUAAUAAUACAGCUAUUGUUUGCAAACAAUUUGGUCCCAUUCUCAUGUAUGUCAGUAUCUUAAUUCAUUUUAAUCUUUUAACCUUGUCUGAGGCACUAGAUCUAUAAGAUGUAUUGACGGAACCCCUUAAUUUGUUAUCUUUGAUGAUGGACAUGUUAUAUGUCCGAAACAUGUCGGAUUAAUAUUUUUGAAAUAAAUUAAGUGGAGGAUGACCGAAGUAUACCUAUUAAAAUUUUGAUAUUUCCAAACGGGCAAUUUUUCAAAUAUUCGAAUAGGCAGAGGCAGUCCUAAGUAAUGGCUUUUUCGAUCACCUGAUUUCAAUCCUGUCGACUAUUACCUUUAGUCUAAAAGAAGAAGAUUCAAAAUUUAAGGUUUCUAGCGUAAGAGAAUGAGAGAAUGCAUGUAGUAUAUUGUGAAAUCACACAGAGGGGCGAAAGUCAGAAAAUCAAUUACCUAAUAAUAAUAAUUAAUACCUGUUCUAUUAUUUAAAUAUUAUUAUGAAAAUGUAAAUAUGUUACUACUACGAUUCUCAUAGUUUUUGUACUGUAUUGCUUGUAUUUUGAAGUUUAGGUUAUAUAAUGUAAAUCCUUGUAGUUUAAAUCUUCUAGUAUCUGUAUACACAUUGUGGCGCGAAACGGUUUAUACGUAUAAUAGACGCUCCGCUCCAUCGUUGAUUACGUGUUUUUAAAACGCGGCUUAAAAAGUAGUAUUUUAUACCAAAGUGUGUGUUUUAGAAUCCUCAACUUAACAAGCUGAAAUUCAUAGUAAUUCGGAUUACAUAGUAUACAUUUUUUUUAGUAUACAUUUACAUACAUACCAUUUUAGAAAUAAGUAUAGCCAUAUUACAAGUUAUAUGUAUAAUUUUGACGACCUGUAUAUUAUUUAAAUAUAAGAAAAUAUAUGUUUAGUAAUUAAUUCUUUAUCUUAUGCUUUGUAAUCACUUUAAGCUUAUAUAUUCACAUGUAACCUAUUGUUUAAUAACUCUUUGCUCGUAUGUCUUGUA